AUGUCAGUCAAUUUAGAAGAAAAAGGAUCUAAAAUCAUAACCAACGAAAAAGAAGAUGUUCAUGAUCCUAAUUAUCAAGAUGAAGGUCAUCAUCAAGGAGAAGGAAACGUCAAGAGGAACCUAAAACAAAGGCAUAUCUCUAUGAUAGCUAUUGGUGGAACGAUCGGUACUGGUUUAUUUCUUGGUAGUGGUGAAGCUUUGAGUAAUGGAGGUCCAGUUGGUUUAAUUUUGGGCUAUGCUAUCAUGGGGGUCGUUGUUUAUAGUAUGAUGGUAGCAUUAGGUGAAAUGGUCACCAUGUUUCCAGUCAGUGGAGCUUUUACACAUUAUGCUACAAGAUUUGUCGAUCCAGCAUUAGGUUUUGCUGUCGGAUUCAACUACUGGCGAGUCUUUUCUAACUAA